UUGAUACCAAUAACACAACACAAUCUACUUUGAUACCCCAAUAAUCAAGCAUCAGUCUUUUAUCUUACCAUCAUCAUCAACUUUGUUUUACUACCUCUACAACUUCAAUAAGUCAAUCAGCAAUCAUGGGUUUGGGAGCUAAGAUCAAGAACGCCCUCCACAGCGACGACCACCCUCAAAAGACCACAUACGAGGGUGAACAGCCUCCCGGAGCAUUCCCCUCCGACUCUACCACAGCUGGAACCUCCAAGCACACAACCGGUGGAUACACCGGAGGAACUACCGGUACCACAGGCACCACCGGAAGCCAUACAACGGGUACCAUCGGCACUGGCACUCAUCACACCAGCAACACCACCACUGGCUACAAUGAUCCCGAUGGUGUUCACGGCCCCCACGCCGGAAGAGUAGGUAACAAGGCCGACCCGAGAGUGGAUUCUGACCGGGACCACCGCGGUGCACCCACCUCCGGCUUGACCGGCAACACCCACGGCACCACUCACGGAACAACUGCCGGCCACACCGGAGGCUUGACCGGCAGCAACACUGCAGGAUACAGCAACACCACGACAGGCUACGAUGACCCUGAUGGAGUCCAUGGCCCGCAUGGAGGAAGAGCUACCAACAAGCUCGACCCCAGAGUCGACUCGGAUCGCGACCACCGUGGUGCUCCAACUACAGGCUUGACCGGUAACAACACCUACGGCAACACCUAUGAUAACACUACCAGCACCGGUCACUCCGGAGGCCUGCACAGUAACCCUCACGGCACUACUGGAGGCAUUGGAGGCGUCGCCGGCAACACCACCACCGGCUACAACGACCCCGAUGGAGUUCACGGACCUCACUCCGGAAGAGCUGCAAACAAGAUUGAUCCCAGAGUCGACUCGGACCGUGACCAUCGCGGUGCGCCUGGCGCCGGCCUCACCGGCGCCCACCGUCCCCACGACUCCGGUGUCGAAGUCGGCCACGGUGUUGGCCACAACAAGCCCUACAAGGGCGAGUACCUUACCAACGCCGAGCGCUCCAACGCUCAAGACCCCUAUUGGGGUGACGUCGGCCGCGAUGGUGCUGCCGUCAACAAGGAUCUCCCUCUGCGUCCCAACGAAUCUACUGUCGGCCACGGAGGCCCUCAGGCCGUUGGCGGAGGUCACUAUAACCCUACGGCGUCCACUCACCACGACCCUGCCUCCAGCGUCGACCGCUCCAUGGAGGGCCGCGACUUCACUCACCCCCAUGGCUCCGGCGCCGGAGUCGGUAGUGCCGGCGGUGAUCCCUACAGCGGUGUCCACAACGCUGCUCACAACCCUCAGGCAGCUCUGUCCGGCGGUAACGUCAACGACCCGUACGAUACUCGCAUGAGAGAUAGAGACAUGGGCCGUGAGCGCACCGGACACGGAGCUGCUGGUGCUGGCAUUGGCGCCGGCAUUGGUGCUGGUGCUGCCGUGGCUGCCGGCCAGGCUGCUCACAGACAUCACCGCGAUGACAUGCAUGAGUCUGGCAUUGCUGGCAACAACACCGUUGGCGGCGUCAACUCUCCCGUUGGCCACAACACCCAUGGAACCCACGGCGGCGUCACCGGAACCCACGGUGGUGUCACUGGCACCCAUGGUGGUGUUCACGACCACCACCGCUCCAGCCUGACCGGCAGCGAGCCUGGUGUUCCCAAGACCAGCAUGCUCGACCCCUACAACGAGUCUCCUACCGGCACCAACGGCGUCCACGGCACCCACAGCAACGCUGCUGGCACUGGUCUCGGGGGACACACUGGAUCUUCCGGUUUGAACCAAGGUAUGCAAUCUUCCCAUGUCCCUGGCACCACCGGCCUGGGACCCCAAGGAAUGGGCCCUGACCAUUAUGGCCCAGGACAUGACGGAGCCAAGGUUUUCCACACCUGCACCAAGUGCGGCGAGGACAAUGAUAUUAGCAGAUACUUCAAGAAGGAAGCUGUUUACCGUAUGAACUAAGGGAUUUGAUGAAAGCGAGCAUUGUACCUAUAUCAUGUUGUAUUCAUAGUUAACUCAUAAUGAUCAUGACCUUAAUGGCACUAUUACAUCAAUUUUGACUUCCUCGAUGUGUUCCAAAAAUGCGGUGGUCCCCGUGACACUUCAUGAACUCAACUCUUACUCCACCAUCGCCCUCGAUUAGUUGAAUUGUGGAAUUCUUUCCGUAAAAGUUUCAUUGAUUUCCAUUGAAAUUCUCUCGCAUUUGGUCAUUGAAAUAGAG